AGAUUUCCCCUUCCUCUUUUAUCUGACCACUUCACCUACUGUCCUUUCCAGAAAACAGCACCUUCAAGUAUAAAGUGGAAAGAAAUGGAAUGGAGAGAAAACUUGUGUGAAGUCUCGUGUUUCGGAAGGUGUCACGCACUCUGACAACUUCUCACUUUGUUUUUAACCUGGGGCGUGCAUGUGGCGUGAGGGAAAUGUUGAGCUGCCGAGGAGGGCAGGACUUUAGGGCGCUGAUCUAAGUAGAGAGGAGGGCAGCUGUGAAGGGACAGUGCGCUGUAUUGAGCCGCCGCGGUGUUCCAGCAGCUCUGGGCAUUCUAUUUUCAUUCCUGGGGUUUGCCUGCAAGUUGAGCUGUAAUUAAGAGUUCUUGGAGGCGUACUUAACUUGUGACGUGGUGCUUUUCUUUUCCUCUCGGUGAGAAAGUGACUCCCUGAAUCAGGACCGCUGCCAUUCAGAGCCAGAAGGAGACACUCUGGACAUAUACGUACACACAAACUUAAGGUGAGCGCCAAAAAACUCUCUCUGCAUUUAGUGUGCUCUGUUUCUAACUGCUGGGGAGUUUGGAGAGCAUCUUAAAUUUGGAGCUCUGGAAAAGUGAAGAAGAUUCUUUCGGCUAUAAAAAUGAAGAAUCUACUUUUUCUGGUGCUGAUUUCUAUCUGCUGGGCUGAACAUACUGGCAACUACACUCUGGAGCGUGACAGAAUUAUUCACAUCCAAGAAAAUGGACCCCGCCUACUUGUGGAAUCAGAACAAACAAAAGUCUUCUCACAUAGGGGUGGCAACAUCACACUACCAUGUAAAUUUUACCGUGAACAUGCAUCAGCUGGCUCAGGAAAAAUCCGGAUCAAGUGGACCAAACUCACCUCUGAUUACCUCAAGGAAGUUGACGUCUUUGUUGCAAUGGGACUCCACCAAAAGAGUUACGGAAACUACCAGGGCAGGGUGUUUCUGAAAAAAAGCAGUGAAAAUGAUGCUUCUCUUGUAAUAAUAGAUAUAACACUGGAGGAUUAUGGGCGAUAUAAAUGUGAGGUGAUUGAAGGAUUAGAGGAUGACACAGCAGUAGUAUCUCUGGAUUUACAAGGUGUUGUAUUCCCGUAUUUUCCACGGUUUGGUCGCUACCACCUAAACUUCCAUGAGGCUCAACAAGCUUGUCUGGACCAAGAUUCUGUUAUUGCCUCCUUUGACCAAUUGUAUGAUGCAUGGAGAUCAGGGCUGGAUUGGUGUAAUGCAGGUUGGCUGAAUGAUGGAUCAGUUCAGUACCCCAUCACCAAACCCAGGGAACCCUGCGGAGGAAAGAACACAGUGCCUGGAGUCAGGAAUUAUGGUUUCUGGGAUAAGGCUAAAAGCAGAUAUGAUGUUUUCUGUUUUACAUCAAACUUCAAUGGCCGUUUUUACUAUCUAAUCCAUCCAACCAAGUUGACCUAUGAUGAAGCUGUGCAGGCCUGCCUCAAGGAUGGAUCCCAGAUUGCUAAAGUAGGCCAGAUAUUUGCUGCCUGGAAACUUCUAGGAUAUGAUCGCUGUGAUGCGGGCUGGCUGGCUGACGGCAGUGUCCGCUACCCCAUCUCCAGGCCAAGACGACGCUGCAGUCCUGAUGAAGCUGCAGUGCGCUUUGUAGGCUUCCCAGAUAAAAAACACAAGCUAUAUGGUGUCUACUGUUUCAGAGCGUACAACUGAAAGUACCUAGAGCACAACUAUUUUAAAUUCAUUAAGAACAUGUGAAAGAUUUCUUUUCAAUACGAACUCAUGCAAGUUACCAAAACUGUGAUAAACCUUUUUUACUUACUGUAAAGAGUCAUUUUCAUAAGCCCAACCCUUUAAUUUGGUUUUGUUUUUUGAACUUAAUCAUUCAACAGAUAUUUUAAAUUAAUAUAAUUGAAUGAAGCUCUAGGUAAGGAAGCUUUAGAGCCAAACUCUUUCAGUCACACCAUCCGAAUACAAUAUACUUUUCAUGAAUGGGGCAUGCAAUAGCUUGAAAAUUGCUAGGACUAAAUUAAGAACUGUAAGGCUACUCAAAGCAGAAGCUUUUACAAGCACAAAUUUUACACAUUUGUACCAUUUUGAGAUGUACUACAAAAAAUAAAUGAGAUGUGCAGUUUUGAAAUAUGCUAAUUUUUUCUUAACAGGGGUUCCGUGAGGUUUUGCAAAAUAAAAAAAACAGAAAAAAUAUUUUUCACAGGGGGUCAAUAUAUACAGUUUGAUGAAAACAGUAAUUCAAAUAGUCCACAAAACAGGACUUAUUUUAUCAUUUAAAAUCUCGCCUUUAAGAAAAAAUAAGCUGAUAUGUGAGCCCAGGCAUAGCAAAAAGCACAACUAGAGCUCCUGAACAUUUCAAUUGUGUUUUUAUUGUGUAUGAAACAUUGAGUGGAUGAAUAAUUAACUGAGUGAACUCUACUUCUUAAUUCCAACAGAAGAUGCCUGAGAAGUGUUGUAUUACCUUUGAGUAGCUUUACUGAGUUAUUUUUAAACUCUAAAGGCCAUUUGCUAAGCAGCAUUUAGCAUCUACUCAGGGCAGUUGUAUAGAUGAACUGCUGGACAGACAAAAUGUAAAAUUUAGCAGCUUGAUAUUAUGUUUUAUAUUUUCUCUUAUUUACACAUCUUGAAAGAUAAACACAUGGAAAAUUCAUUAACAUUCAAUACAGUUGCUAUAGGCAGAAAGAAAAAUCUAGUCCCAACUAGGAAAGAUAAAACAAACCAACCUCCUGCCCUCACCUUGUUUCCUGUUUAUGUGGAUACUUAUAAAGUCCAAUUCAUAUCCCCAUACAGAUACUUCUGUUUCUAAACUGGUCAAACAAACAAAGACAGUAAAUUUAAUCAGAUUUUAUGAUUGAUCAUUAUUAAAAUGAAUGGAAAACUGUAGCAAUUUCACUACAAUCUGCAGAAAUCUACAUGGGAAACAUUUACCUAUGUUUUCCAGUAUCACAGAAAGGAAGCGUUGUGCACAGUGCAUGAGGUUUUUGCAGCUUCCUGAGCGAUUUGGGCACCAGAUUUCCAUUAAUUUAAUAUUCAAAUCAGGGAAGUUGGUAUAAGAGUCCAAAAUUUUCAAGCAUGACUAGUGAUUUUUGGAUGCUUCAAUUCUGGGGGUCCAACUUUAGGCAUCUUAAAGCAGCCUGGUUUCAAAGAGCGGGUGCACAGAACUUUCUGAAAAAAAAAUCAGGCUUUAAAGGUAUUUCAAGAUGGACACCCAAAAACUGGGCCACCAAAAAUUACAAGUCACUGUCUAAAAUCUUAACCUUGCAAAUCCAUUAGACAAUUUUGAAAUUCCCACCCAUUUUAGUAUCACUAUUAACAGGGCUCGACAAACCGUGGCAAGACCUACUUGCCAGCCCUGCAUCGCGCAUGCGCCAGAGCGGCACUGCGCAUGCGCGCAACACCGGUGAACGGGGCGACUGACUGAAAUCUACUCGCCACAGGCGAGUAGAUAUAGUGAUUUGUCGAGCCCUGUCUAUUAAAAACCAAGCAAAUGUAGAAAUCUGUUUCCCUACCCCAUGGUUGCUGACGAUAAAGAUUUCAGAGGACCAAUAUUUGUAUUAAAUGAAGUUUUAAAAUUUCCAUAUCUAAAUGAAAUAUAGCAGUAGUAUCCCAGUACAACAGAGCUGGAAUGCUUUCAUGAAUGUUUGUGUGUAGCUUUGCCCCCUGCCCCCACAAAUAGGAGUAAAUAAAUCAUGAUUCCUGAAAUGAUUGUGAUUCCAAUUUAAAUUCUAUGUAUUGGCUCAAUGCCUCACAGGAUUGUGGUAGAAAGGUAUUGAAUUGAUGAGCAUGUUGCCAUUCCCAACAAGUACAGAAGGCUAAUUCCUUCCUGGUGACAACUUUGUGCAAUAUGGAUAUUGGGUCAUCCUUUCCAGCUGAAACAAUGUCAUCGAAAAGAAAAAAAAGAGUAUAAUAACAUUUACUUCCUCAAGAGCCAGGGUUUCUGAAAACUCUAGCACAAUGUAAUCAUAAGUGAUUAUAACAUGUGCAAUGAAGAGGCCAGAUCAUACCUCCCUGCAGCCAGUUUCUCCUCCUCUUCCUUCAGAAGGAGGGCUCAGUUACAUUCAAAACAACCCCCCCCAUCCCCCACACACAGAGUAAAAACGUUUUUGAGCAGUCUGAGGCAAAUCCAGAGGAAGGAGUUGGAGUGGAGAAUGGUUGUGCCAGGGAGGUAUGGGCAAGAUAGAGAUAGCAGUGAUGCCAAAGGGAUGCAGAACACCCCCUCCCCUUUCAGCCUACAAAAAGGAGACAAGAAAUACCUUGCCUUCACUUUUCUGCAUGGCCCUUUCAGUAGUCCUGGAUUCAGCAAAGGCUAGAGCAAGUCACUCAUGUGGCUCCAGUUCCCAAGCAGACUGUUUGUCCAUGUGGAGUAAGAGCUGAUGUAAAGCCACAGAGCCUUCAUAUGAGAGAUCCUGACCUCCAGAGUGAGCUUUCAUAUUUGGGGGAUGGGCACGGCUCUCUCAAAGAGAGACAACUCACCGGACAGCUUUCCACUGAAGUCAUCUCAGCAACCCCUUUUCCCAGAGCCCAUUCCCACAGGUUUCUUAUUCUGCAGAAAGAGAAUCUAGCCAAGGAUUCUAAUGGCAGAAGUGUGAACAUUCAAAUCUCAAUCCUUAGGUGCACUUACAUAUUCCACACCCAAGUGGGACAAGUCAGUUUUAUAAUACCUUUGCAGCUCUCUGAUUCUGAAGUUAGAUAGCCUCCUCUGCAAGUUAGAUUUAGGGCUAUACUAGUCUGUGUCUUGCUACCCAAGACGCCUUUUUGAUAGCUAGAAUGCAGAAGCACAUACUUUAUACCCAGGCUCCAUAUAUAAGGGGCUAUGAUGCAGCUGGUGGCUAAGCUGGUUCUAUGCCAACCAGAUCUUCCCCCUAAACCCAGGAAAUCCCCAGGUGGCCAGAUCCUCCAGUUUUGCAGCAAAAAAAGUCAUAGCCCAGGGGAACUGGAACCCUGGAAUAACAAUGAGCUGUAAUAUGAUCACUGCUGGACAAAUUCUACCAUCCAUUUGCACCUGUGAAACCCCACUGAAUACAUACAUUGUCAGGAAUCAAACUCAGACCCACAAGAUUGGGAAGAUCUGUGUGCAAAGUUUAUUAUAUUAUUUAAGGAAAAGCCUGGUGGUUUUCUCGGGAGUAUUCUAAUGAAUAAGGCUAGUUUUAGCUCACCAGAGAUAUAAUUAUAUCUAUUUAUCAUUCUAACAGAUAACAUUGAUGGGAUAGUUUGCUGGGAGCACACAUGUAUAAAGCAGAAAUUAUUAGCUACACUAUAAGCAGUUUUAAAGAGAAUAAAAGCAUCCAAUUGCGUGUGAAAUGGGCACAAAUGAAUAGAUGAGACAAAUUGUAUUUAUUUUUACAGCUACUAAAGUAGCUCCAUUUCACUUUUAUAAUGUCAAAGUUACAAAACAGCCUUAACUUUUGAAAAUGUUUGCUAGGUGCUUGGAAUGUAUCUGAAAAGGAUGCUUAAGACCUGUUAAAAAUCAGUGCUAUUUUAUGUUCUUGAGGAUAUAAAACCUUCGUCAUAAGAAUGAAUUAAUGUGCUAUGUCAUUAUCUUGUAUUACAUAAUGUAUCUGAAUUUUAAUGCCCAUGAAUGAUAACAAUUAAAUCACAUUCUUUUCAA